AUGCCUUCUCCUGUUCACGAAGACCGCAUUAAAGAUCCAAAAACAGCUCAGCAGGUAUUGCAUAAUGACCUGGCACAACCACACGGGCAGGAGUUAGAUGCUCAUGUGCUGAGCUCAUCCAGGCAGACCUCUGGGAUUAGGUCCAUGUUUGAAAUGACCAGACGUCGCACAAAGAGGUCAGAGCUUUUUCACUAUGGGGUGAAAGUAUGUUCACAAGAGAGCUUAGGAGAGGUUCUAGCAAGUCAUCAGGCCUACUACAAACUGAGAGUGUGUCAGGAAGCGGUGUGGGAGGCAUUCCGGAUCUUUUUCGAUAGGAUCCCUGGCUCAACCGAGUAUCAAAGAUGGGUCCACGCGUGCCAGCACGAGUCCAUGUGUGUCUCGGAUCUGGCGCAAAACUUCAGCAGCUCUAAGGAGCAUCUAGAUAUAUUGCAGAGGAGAAUGAAUCUGCAACAAAACAGACGUCCGGAAGAAGUUGGUACAGGAGAGACUACAGGAAAGGAACUUAUAGAAGAAAAUGCUUCUACUGACACCUUAGAGGAGGGAACUGGAGAAAAGCUUGCCACUGGGUAUAGAGAUGACCCAAAUAAGGAAACUGGGAAGCCGCUAGAAAAAGAUACUGUCAAAGAAGUCUCUACAGAAGCCCUGGAGAGGAGAACUGGAGAAGGUACUAGUAAACCCCUAGAGGAAAAUUCCACAGAAUCCCCAAUACAGAGUACUGCAGAAGCCACAGGUAUGGAUACUGAAGAAAAACAGGGGGAUGGUUCUACAGAAAACCCUGAGAAGAAACCUGAGGAAGCUCCAGUUGGGACAACAGAAGUCUCAGUUCCUGAUACCACAGAAGUCCUUGACAAAGGAACUAGAGACCCCCUUGAUAAGGACUUGUGGUUGCCCAACAUGGUGCCUGAGCAGCCACAGGAGCAGAUAAUAGAGUUCAGUAUUAGUCUGAUGGAUCCUGGGUACAGUGAGCUGCUUGUUGAUGUGAAUUCACCUCAGUACCAUGACCUCUUACACCAUCUACAAGACCAGAUGCAGCACGUGUUUAAUGAUUUGCCAGGGUUCAAAGAAAUCAAAGUUUUAGGAAUCAGGUCUAAAGGAAUAUCCGUGCACUAUGUGGCCAAAUUUGAAAUUACUGCACCAGAUGUUGGUGAGGACAGCAAAAGUAAAGGAGUUUCAUCUGGUAGACCAAGCCUGAGGGAGGAUGUGAAAAAAGCACUGAUUGAGAAGUCGUCCUUGCCUGUCGACCUGGAUACACUGACUUUUAAACCAGCAGAUAAAACCACAACACCAGACGUGGAAGUUUUAAAGGAUGUUGCAACUGAGGUCACCUUUGAUGAAUUUAGCAUACCAACAAAAGAGUCAAAAUUGCUGAACAUUCCUGACCUGGACACUCGUUUAAAUCCAGAGACAGACUCAACAGUCUCAGAAACAACACUACCAACAAACAGACCUGAGGCAGAGAUGUUUUUCACCCAUGUCGUGACAAUACAAGGAGAAAAUGGAGCUCUCAAAAAGGACAUCUUGCCCACAGCACCAUCCAAAAUACCCAAUGAGCCAUCAAAGACAUCCAGUGAGAGAGAGGUGACACAUGUCCCAGAAACUGUUCUUACGCCAAACCUAGUUUUACCAAGUGAGCAUCAUGAUGCCCAGGGGAACCCUGCCCUAGUUACUGACAGGAGUGCUAACAUGAUAUCAGAGGAUGAUGUCUUUUCUACACUCACUACAAUGCAAAUCUUGCUGAAUACGCCAACAGUUAUGACUCCUUACGCAUACACAAUGUUUCCGCUUACAACAGAUUCAGACACUACCCUUCAGACCCAAACUAAACCAAGAGAGGAAGCGGUUGGGACAGAGGAAGGGUCAGUUCUAACCAACGUAUAUGAUGAGAGUAGUCUUGAGCCACCUAAAACGAAUCAUUUUGAGACAUCAUUGAACAGCCCUGAUAAGCAAUCAAAACACACUGAAUCGGUUUUUGAAGAAGACCGUGAAGGAGUAUUUGGGAACAUAAGUGAAGUAGAAAAAUCUCUGGAGUCAAAGUCUGGAGAUAAAACAUUGCCCGAGAAUGGUAAUGUAACAGAACCAGUGGAAGGUUUUAAGGGCACAGAACCAAGUGAGACUGUAAAAACAGAACCAGAAAAGGUUGAAGUAACAGAACCUGUUAAAGAAGUUGAGGAAACAGAACAAGAAGAACAAUCUGAGGUACCAGGACCUGAGGACGAGGUUAAAAUAACAGAAACGAAAGAAGAUAAAGCAGAAAACCCCCACAAAGAGUUUGAAGAAAGAAAAACGGAAGAUGUUGGGACUGUGGAAUCUGAGGGAGAAAGUGAGGAAGUGAAAGGUAAACCUAAAGUACCAUUAUUUAGUGAACAGGAUGCUAAAAGAGCAUCUAAAGAUACAGAGGUCAUGGCAACUGAGAUAUAUGAGGACACUACAGUUAAUGUUCAGUCUGAAAAACAGCUUAAUGAGAACAUUGAGACAGCAGUAAAGACUGAGGAUAAGUCUUCAGUCCCUGAGGAAUCUGUCCUCACAUUAUGCUAUCAAACUACCAUUACAGCUACAGAAAAAGACUCUGCAGAGUUUGGGGAGAUAAGCACUGAAGAACCAGCACUUGAAACUACAUCAGUCUCGGUACAGCCCCAUGAUACAUUGUCCUUCAUAGAUCCAGACAUGAACCCCAAGGAUGUUCAAACAAAAGAACCUUGGAUAACUUCAACAUCUGCCGACGAAGAUUUCCUACCUACAAGUACAACUGUACAGCCUGUAGAUGUGGAGGACGCAGAGCCAGUGGAAACAGACGACACAAAACAAACCAAGGAGGACAAUUUACGUCUUGAAGUACAAGAUCUUGCCACAGAGCUGGACCAAACGGAUAUAAUAAACACGGAAACCAUCGAUGCCCUGAGUUAUGGUAGUUUCCCGAAUGAAAAACGUGUGUUUGAGAGCACAGUCGUACCGCCGCUGAGGUACCCGACAACCCCCUCAAUGACCACGGCAAGCAAAGGCAAAGAAUUGGUAGUGUUCUUCAGUUUGCGUGUCACCAACAUGAUGUUCUCUGAAGACCUGUUUAACAAAAGCUCUUUCGAAUACCAAAAUCUGGAAAACAGAUUCAUUCACUUGCUUUUACCAUAUCUACAGUCCAACCUAACUGGAUUUAAGCAGCUUGAGAUUCUGAACUUUAGAAACGGCAGCGUGGUGGUCAACAGCAAGAUGAAAUUUGCAAAGUCUGUACCAUACAACAUAACCCAAAAGGUCCAACGUGUUCUGGAGGACUUCUGUAAUGCUGCUUCACAGCGUCUGGACAUAAAGAUCGACAGCCAUUUGUUAGAUGUGGAACCAGGUGAUCAAGCUGACCCCUGCAAGUUUCUGGCCUGUAAUGAGUUCUCGCGGUGUGUGGUGAACCGCUGGACCAAGGAAGCCGAGUGUAGGUGUGAGCCAGGAUACGUAGCGAUGGAUGGACGGCCCUGUCAGAGCCGGUGUGAUGUGCAACCUGAUUUUUGUCAUAAUGGUGGAGAGUGUGAGAUUGUACCAGGAUAUGGUGCAGCAUGCAGAUGUCCUGUAGGUAAAUUCUGGCACUUUAAAGGGGAGAGAUGUGCCGAGUUGGUGUCCGUGCCUCUAGAUCCUUUUGUUUUCCUAACCUGCCUUGUGGGGGCCUUCAGCUUUAUUUCUGGCAUUAUUGCACUCUUGAUAUCUAUGUACAGGAAAUGUGUACGGACCAGAAAGACACUGAAUUUAGUGAACCGUGAAGCCAGCACACUGCCAGGUCUGAACAGUUAA